GAAAAGAAAUCGUCACUCAAGAAGCAGUGCACACACAAUCAGAAGAGACAAGAAAGUGUAACGUUAAUCUUCUCAAAAUAUCAACGUCAUACUAUAAUCUGAUCGACAAUCUCUGUACAUAGAUAAAGGAAGUCCCAUCUUAAAAUACGAUUGAAGAAAAAAGUCAAACACAAAACCCAGAAGAGAAAAAAAAGAGGCGAUGUGGAAUGACCUUUACAUUGAGAACGAGGGUUUGCCAGAUGGACUGAUUUAGCCUUCGUGCGACCAUUUAGGAGGGAAUAUUAGUGAGAAGCAAUUAAAGUUUACACCCUGUCGUGAACCUCACUCUGUACAGGCGCGUCCAAAAAAGACAAGAAUGGGAGAACAGUUUACCAGUAUAAAAGAUAUCAAACCUGGACAAAAAAACAUAAAUAUCAUGUUUAUUGUUUUGGAUAUUGGUGCUCCAACUCGAACAAGAGAUGGCCAUGACGUCAGGUCUGUUAAGGUCGCAGAUAAAACAGGCAGCAUUAAUAUUUCUAUAUGGGAUGAAACAGGAGAUCUUCUCCAGACUGGAGAUAUUUGCCGCCUUACAAAAGGAUACUCAAAUGUUUGGAAGAGUUGUCUAACUUUGUACACUGGAAAAUCUGGAGAAGUUAUCAAAGUUGGAGAGUUUUGUAUGCAGUUUACAGAAACCCCAAACAUGAGUGAACCAAAGCCAGAAUAUACAAAUAACCCAAAGUCAGAUCAGCCUGGACAAAGAAAAUCCCCAACAGAAUCAAAUGAUGGGAAAACCCCAUCAGGGCCCCCACAAGGGACACCCCAAGGAAGACCUCCAAAUGAAGGAAAUCCUGCAGGUUAUUCCAACAGCCACCCACAGCGACCUGGCAUGAUGAUGAAUCAGGGUCACCCUCGCGGACCAAUGAUGCCAGGCCUCCGUGCACCCCAUCACCAGCAGAACUACCACCCUCAGGGACCCCAGAACAUGAAUGGGCGGCCACCAAACCGUGGGAUGAGAAGAUGACCCAGAUGGAAGAAAAAUCCUCUAAAUGUCUAUAAUGAUUCAAUAUUUGUUGCCCCCUUCCUGAAACAUAAAAUCAAAAGAAUGUUAUAAGGACAUAGCAUAAUAAGCCAAUCAAAUUGGCUCAUGCAUGUACAUUAGGUUUAAAGUGAGGCUUUAAUUUUUCUAGUGUUGAGAAAGGUAAAGCUUUCAUAUACAUCCUCAGAUAUUCAAUGCAUAAAAAAGAAAAGUGAAGACUUUAAAAAUUGUUUUAAAAUUUAAAAAAAAAGAGAAGAAAAAAGAAACUAUGGCCCAGAAAGAUGAUGAACUACUUUCAAUCACCGGGAACUGUGAAAUUAAAUAUUAAUUUCUUUGCUUUAAUUCCACAGUUUCUACCGUUACUAACAUAAUUAGCUUUGUUCAUGUAAUCCUAUGUUCCUCAUUUGUCCCCCGUCCGUGGAAUCAAUUGACAAUGUUGAGCAUGCAGAUGCUGUUCAGAUAUAAAACAAGCACCUGUCACAAACUGUGUUUACCAAGGAUAAUCACACUGUACAAUGACUUUGUUCUGUAAUAAUUUGGUAGAACUCUAGAACAUCGUGAACAUGCAUGGUUUUAUGGGUGUUUAAUUAAUUCAUUUUACGCAAUACAACUGAUAAAUCAUGUCUUUGAAGAUGACCACUGCAUCUCAAAAGAAUUAAAAACAGUUUAUUUUA